AUGUUUUACUACCCAAACGUUCUUCAGCGUCAUACUGGCUGUUUCUCUACAAUCUGGUUGGCAGCCACAAAAGGUAUCAGGAUAACAAGAAGGGAGUUUCUGAAGGUCAACAUUGGGAAAACAUGUGAGGAUAUAAUUGACUAUGUGAAAGUCCAGGUUCCACCUCUUCACCCAAGCCUGCCACGCCCUCGAUUCUCUCUAUAUCUCUCCUCUCAGCUGCAGUAUGGAGUGGUCAUUGUCUUUCACCGACAGUGUGCCUUCUUGCUGGAGGAAGUCCAGCAGACCAUUGAGCACUUACUACGCUCAGAAAAACACUCACGGAUUGACAUGCAGGAGCCAGACAGGUUGGCUCUGAACCUCCCUGACUCGCUGUUCCUGCUGGAGGAGGCAGAGGGAGCCCUGGCACCGUUCUUUGGGAAAAUGGGAGCUGAGUGUGAGCUGUCUAGUCCCUCUCAGCUACCACAGCCUUGGCAGUUCAUGAUUGCUUCAUCUCCAGACCGCCUUCUGGAGACUAGUAAGAAAAGCACUGCACCCAUAGGCCUCACUGCCUCUCCUGAAGCAAUUACCAUCAAAGACAGGGAGCCAGUAACUAUCCUCACUGCUGAGUUUGGAGGAGCAGAGUUACCUCAGGCUACAGCCCAGGAGAUCGACCUGCUUAUGAAGCAACAGGAUCAGUUCCUCCUUGGAGAAGUGGAGGAUAAGGAGAGAGAGAGGGCAGCAGAAGGAGAGAGAUCAAGAGAGUUAGAGGUUGCCAUGGUCUCCUUAGAACAACUGAAGGAUAUAUCGGCUGAGGACAAGUCUUGGAUCAUCGAGGACACUAGGCAACCACUGGAUGUCGCCCUGCAAAUGGUUGCCACGGAGAUGACCCCUCCACCCGCAACCAUACUAGCUACUACAGAGGCCAGUGAGAGGGAUCUAGAACAGGAAAAAGAGACAGAGCACUGUAGUAGUGAGAUUCCUAUGGCUGAAGAGAGGAUUCCUCCUGAAAGACGAAGUCGCAAACGGCAACUGAUCUUUGCUGAUCAGCACACACAGAUCUCCCAGGAAGCAAUGCGAGAACAAAUCAAUAAUCCAUUGGCUGAGACUCAGUUACUGUCUGAUGUACUGAUACAAGUUCUGCCAACCUUCAAGAUCCCAUCAUCAUAUGUCUUCAGUUCGCCUUGUAACUUGUUUCUCCACCACGACCUCCAGUCACUAUGGAAACAGUGCUGUGUCUCCACCACCCUCCCCGACCCCACCAAGAGACAUCGCCCACAGGAGGACAGCGAGCUGUCCGAGAUAGAGAGAGAAAGGGGGGAGGAAAAAGAGGGAGAGUGGAGGAAGAGAGACUCCAGUAUGGAGGUGCUGAGAGAAUCUGGGGAGGCUGGCCUGCUCUUCUCUAAAAUCUCAGCUGCCUCCGAUGUGGCACUGGAUGUUUCAAAAGGAGACAGGGCUCAGAGUGAUCUCAUCACUCCCACUAGCAGAUGGUCUCCUCAAGAUGAAGCUACUGUCCAUAUGGAGGCGAUAUCAGAGGAGAGGGUGGAGCUGCCACAGGGAGAGGCAGAAACGAGGGAGAUCACUCCACACAGCCUACUCAAAAUGCUGAACACCUACAUUGAUCGCUUUGGGAAAGUCUCUUUCCACUCACUACUCCCCCCAGAGACUGACCGAAGUAUUGCAGCUCAUUUAUUCUACAAUAUACUAGAGUUGGCAUGUGUGCAGAAGCUGAGCGUUAAUCAAACUGGACCAUACGGACCCAUCACUAUCUGCAGUGGUCACCUGUAAACAUACUCUUAACAGCAUCUACACGC